CUUUUCACUUCCGGGCCGGAAUCAAUUCCUCUGUUGCUGUCGUCUAUGCACUCUCUACUCCCCUCCUCCUCCUCCUCCUCCUCCUCCGGUUCGUGGAUAAUAUUUGCACAAAGUUUGCUGUUAUCCACGACGACACUGCAGCAUUUGACCACCGACCAGCCGACAUGGUGUUCAGAGUGACUGUCAACAGCGCGUGGAGGGCGACGAGGACGCUGUGGCUGCUCGUGCUGGUGAGCCUGUCUGUGUGCAUCUGUGUUUGCCGAGCAUCAUCAACUCAGGAGGACAGUGCCAUGGAGAACAUCGUUACGGAGAAAAAGGCUGAGGAGAGCCACAGGCAGGACAGCGCGGACCUGCUCAUCUUCAUCAUGCUCCUCACCCUCACCAUCCUCACCAUCUGGCUGUUCAAACACCGGCGGUUCAGGUUUCUGCACGAAACUGGGCUGGCGAUGAUUUAUGGUGUACUUGUUGGCGUGGUCUUACGCUAUGGCAUCCAUGUUCCCCGGGACAUUAGCAACGCCACGCUGAGCUGCCCCGUUAAUGCCAGCCCCGCCACACUGCUGAUCAACGUCAGUGGUAAAUUCUACGAGUACACUCUGAAAGGAGAGAUCAAUGCCAACGAGGUGGACGACGUUCAAGAUAAUGAGAUGCUGCGAAAGGUGACCUUUGACCCUGAAGUGUUCUUCAAUAUUCUCCUCCCACCUAUCAUCUUCCACGCUGGCUACAGCUUAAAAAGGAGGCACUUUUUCCGUAACAUGGGAUCUAUCCUGGCUUAUGCCUUUCUGGGGACAGUUAUUUCCUGUUUUGUUAUUGGGUUGCUGAUGUAUGGCUGUGUGAUGCUAAUGAAGCAGGUGGGACAGCUGGAUGGAGACUUCUUCUUCACUGAUUGUCUGUUCUUUGGAGCCAUCGUCUCUGCCACGGACCCCGUGACGGUCCUGGCUAUCUUCAACGAGCUGCAGGUAGACGUGGAUCUGUACGCUUUGCUGUUUGGAGAGAGUGUGCUCAACGACGCAGUGGCCGUGGUUCUGUCCUCGUCUAUAGUUGCGUACCAGCCACAAGGAGACAACAGCCACACCUUUGAGGUCAUGGCGAUGCUGAAGUCUUUUGGGAUGUUCCUCGGAGUUUUCAGCGGCUCUUUUGCUCUGGGAGUGGCCACCGGAGUCUUCACCGCACUCGUGACUAAGUUCACUAAGCUAAGAGAUUUCCCACUGUUGGAGACGGCUCUGUUCUUUCUCAUGUCAUGGAGCACAUUCCUACUGGCUGAGGCCUGUGGAUUUACAGGUGUGGUCGCAGUGCUGUUCUGUGGAAUCACUCAGGCCCACUACACCUUCAACAACCUGUCUCCAGACUCCCAGGACAGGACCAAACAGCUGUUUGAACUGCUAAAUUUCCUGGCAGAGAACUUCAUUUUCUCCUACAUGGGUCUGACCCUGUUCACCUUCCAGAACCACGUCUUUAACCCCAUGUUCAUCGUUGGAGCUUUUGUGGCAGUGUUCCUGGGAAGAGCUGCUAACAUCUACCCUCUCUCAUUCCUUCUUAAUCUGGGACGACGCAACAAGAUCAGAUCCAACUUCCAGCACAUGAUGAUGUUUGCGGGACUGCGAGGCGCGAUGACCUUUGCCCUAUCCAUCAGGGACACGGCAACGUACGCCCGUCAGAUGAUGUUUUCCACCACUCUGCUUGUGGUCUUCUUCACUGUUUGGAUUUGUGGAGGUGGCACCACCCAGAUGCUGUCCUGCCAGCGCAUAAGAGUGGGAGUGGACUCUGAUCAAGAUAACUCUAUGAGUAUCACUGAUGGCUCAGAGAGAAGAAGCACCAAACAUGAAAGUGCCUGGCUUUUCAGAAUUUGGUACAACUUUGACCACAACUAUCUGAAGCCCAUCCUGACUCACAGCGGCCCCCCUCUCACUGCUACGCUGCCUCCCUGCUGCGGCCCCCUCGCCCGCAUCCUCACCAGCCCUCAGGCCUAUGAGAACGAGUGCCAACUGAAGGAUGACGACUCUGACCUCAUCCUGACAGACGGCGAUAUCAACCUGACCUACGGCGACAUCACAGUCAGUACAGACGCCUCUGGUGCUCACACCAGUAGCGGCCCAGCCUUUGCUGGCGGCGCCACCUCUGAUGACUUGGACAGAGAGUUGACGUACGGGGAUCAUGAGCUGGUGAUGAGAGGGACGCGUCUGGUGCUGCCCAUGGAUGACUCUGAGCCGCCCUUUACGGACCCCCACCACCGUUUGCGAAUGUGAAGAUACAGCCAACCGUCCAACUCAAACUGACCCGAGCCAUCAAGCAAACGACCAGUACCUGACACUCCGUCUUUCACUCUUCCACUUUUUUUCUCUUGCACAUUGCCUCAUUCGUCUUGCUUUUUUCCCCCCCUACACAUUUCCUCAGCGUUAAAUUUUCUCACUUCCUCUAGUGGCAAAUCACUGUCUCUACCUCAUUCUUGUUCUGCUCCUUUUCCACACCUUUCAGGCAUCUGCCAUAAUUGUAAUAUAGUCUUAUUUAUUUGCAGGGUUCUUCUUUUUGGUAUUCAGUUGAAAGUCAGUUUCUCUUAGUUCAGCUUAAAGUUGUGUGUCAGUCACCUUACUGUAGCAUUGCACAGAGGUCUAGCAGCAUGUGUUAGUGUGUAAAUGCAAGUACCAACCACUAGCUAAUUUGUCGAUGUACAGUAUAUCACAAGAGUACUAUAACUUUGAUAUGCAUGCUGAGGAUGCUUGUCGUUUUAUUUGUGUGGGAGGUCGAGGGCUUUCGUGUUUUGGGUCUGACCUUGAAUGUUGCUGCCUUCUCUCUGUGCAUCAGAGGCAUGCUGACCCAGUGGACAACUUUAGUGUACAUUUUGUUACAAUCAAGUGCCUGGGAAUUGUAGUUUUAAGCCUGGCAGCCCAUACUGGAUCAGUUCUGGGAAGUACAACCAGUUCAGGAUGGGCAGUCAUGCAGUUGUAGUUUUCCUUUGUAAAAAAAAAAAAAAAAAAAAAAAGAAAAAUACAAAAAAAUAAUGAAACAGACACCUCUGUCCAUAAGGUAGCAAUAUACUCAGUGGGUGUUUGGGCUGUCAGUUUGUGCUAUUCGCCUGUAAAUAGUGUGUAACAAUGUGAUGCCACUGAUGCAGUGUAACCUGGCAGUGAAAGUUGUGGAUCUCUCCCAAUGACCUUUGACUGUGACAUAGAGAGGGACUUUACACCUUAUUUUAGAAGCUGAUGUCGCUCACAGCAGAACGAAGGGCUGUUGUUCCGACAACGAGAUCCAAAUCAGUUUUAACGGAGAAAGCUUAGUGCCAUUUCUGUCCUGCAUUUUGACAUUUUAUGAAAAGUGAAUGCAGACGACCUUAAAGUGUUUUUGUAUUAUUUUUUUGCAACAGAGCUUAAGGACUUUAAGCUGAAUCACCUUUGUCAUACACAUUUAGCUUUGUGAAUACAUUUUCUAUUACAAUUGUGCAUUAAUGUCGAGACUUUGGAUCAAAUUUUAGCAUCAAAUGAACCUGAAAAAACACAUAUGGAUAAGUGUAUUUGACACUAAUGAACUUAUGUUAUUGGUAAGCACACAAGGGAUUUUGUGAGUGUAAUUUUGGCAUAUCAGACAAUUGAUUGUCUAUCUCCGAUUUUAUUACGGCUGAACCCAAUGAUUAUUUUCAUGAUUGAUUAAUCUGCCACUUAAAAAAAUAUAUAUAUUUUUUUUUUUGGAGAGAGAGAGAGAGAGAGAGAGAGAGAGAGAGGAGAAUUACUCUAAUCAAUUUAUUCCUGAUAUGAGCAGAUAUUUUGGUUGGUACUGUGGCAGUUCAUCAUAUGAGAAUUGCCAGAAAAGAACAAUAGUUGUUUACAUGCUGGACAUUUGUUCUUCUGCUGUACAUGAUGGGGUUCCUGCGUGUUUGAUGGGGAAACUGGAGUUUAACAGCAUUAAACUAAUGCGUUAUUUAGAUGCAUGAAAAAUACACACUUUUAGGAGGGUACUCUUGGAUGGAUGUGUUAUGUUUAACUUGUAGUUUUAUUUCAGUGUGGAAGGAAGGUUUAGUGAUUUCCUUUGUGUGGCGAGGAUAGCAGCUGUUAAUGCAGGUUUAACAGGAAGCGCUGACAGGGUGUCACCGUGGCAACGCCGUGUUGAUGUGGCCAGAAGCCAGAAAACAUCCGUGAACAUGGUGACUUAGUAGAACAGUUUUGUGGUUCAUCCUCUCCAUGAAAAAACAGUGGUGCAUGCAAGGGGAUGAUAAUGUGGUUAAAGAAAAGAGUGAAAGAAAUAGAUGUUAAAAGAAAGAGAGAUGGAUGUGGAAGGGUAGUGUUGGUGUGUGUGUGUGUGUGUGUGUGUGUGUGUGUGUGUGUGUGUGUGUGUGUGUGUGUGUGUGUGUGUGUGUGUGUGUGUGUGUGUGUGUGUGUGUGUGUGUGUGUGUGUGUGUGUGUUGGUCUGUUGGGGAUGAUACAGAGGUGGAAGGAAGAGCAGGCUUUUAGAUAUUGCUUUUCCUUUCACAGUUAUCUUCUGCUGUGCAGGAACUUCUAACUGAAAGUGUUCAAUUUUUUUACAAUUUUUAAUUAGGCAUGCCUCUUGACACCACAUUGUCCAGGAAAUGAUUCAUUCUUUCCACCAUUUUAUACUUUUCAUUUGUUGUUGUUACUGAAUUUUAUUUUGUAGAAGGGAAACAAUGAAGUAAAAAGUAAUUUGCACUCA